AUGGAGUCAUUGAUGCAGCGGAUCAAUGAGCACAUUCGUGUGGAGGAUGAUACCGCCUCCGCGAUCGAGAAGGUUAAUCCGGUCGCGGCGGACAGGAGGGUCGCGGGGAAAGUUCACUUGGUUGGGCAGGAGGAUAGCCGCCCAAACAACCAGUCGAAAGACCAGCGCUAUGGUCCAAACCGUGAUGACAGAAACAAGGGGCGCCGAAACGACCGGGCAUACCCUCCCCGUGAUGCAGUGGAGGAUGCCAAAAGAAAAUUGAAGGCACGGACUGGGAUCACCACGGUGUUCAAAAUCCCCAUCUACCGCAUUCUGAGUGAGAUUCGAAGCGAACCCUUCGUCCGUUGGCCGGCCAAGUUGGGGAGUGCCCAGCGAGGCUUCAAUUCAAAAUAUCGCUGUACCUUUCAUGAAGAACGGGGGCACCGAAUAGAGGACUGCCUGCCGCUAAAGCAACACUUAGAGGAGUUAGUAGUGGCGGGGCAUCUUGACCAAUACAUAGAUGGGGGCAUCAAGGCCACACCGGCAGACCAAGUCGAGCCAAACGGCCUGGCCGCCCUAGAAGCGCCUCCGCAAGGUGUAAUCAACGUCAUCCACGGAAUCAUUGAACCGGCCAGGGUUUGCGAGCUGAGGGGGAUGAACAAGAAGGCCGAGCACAUGAGGGAAGUGCUUUUUGUUCAGCCUGCUGUGAAGAAGGGAAAGACCGAAGAAAGGGACAUCCUUUCAUUCUCAUCCAGGGACUUGGAAAGAGUUCAGAUGUCGCACAACGAUGCCUUAAUGAAGUUAGAAGACAAGGACUUGGCCCCUGCGACGUCUCCUUUGGUCGGUUUCAACUCACAGCCGGAGUGGCCAAUCGGAAAGAUUAUUUUGCCGGUCAAAGCAGGUUUAGUAGUAAAGCAAGUGGAGUUCUAG